UUGUCUCGACGAUUUGAGCACGGUGAGCUCGACGUGCAACACGACGCAUGGAAUCCGAUGCGAGGCACUCCUCAGCGUCAAAUUCGCGGUAUGGAGGCCAUAGCAUCGAGAGCACGACGUCUUGGCCAACUCCGUGGAAUUUCAGAUGCUCUACUCUUAGCUUUGAUUCGUCAUUCAGAAGCUCAGCCCGAUAAAGUAUCGGCUGGCGUAGUUUUGUUCAAUCAGGGAGAUUAUACGCAGUAUUGGUAUCUUCUAUUAGCAGGACAGGUUCAAUUGUGUCUUCCCAGUAGUAAUAAUAAGGCUAUUCAUUUGCGAACUUUAUCGUCGGGCUGCCUCUUUGGAGAGCUUGAUGUUGUACGACAUUGUUGCUCUGCUGUUGUAACAAAACCGGCGGAAUUUAUUAAAAUUUCCCAAAACCAUUUUCUCAGCGUGUAUAAUAAACACGCAGAUCAUCUUCAGUCAUUCCUCGUUGUGAUGCAGGAUGCUAUUGCUGAGGAACACGCCCGAUCACCUAAUCUUCUCGCAGCUGAAUUUGAUACUCAUCAUUCUCAAAGCAAUAUGAGUAAUGGCUAUGCAUCAAGGAGAGAAGAACACAAGUUGUCUCUGCCAAAUGGUUAUGAAUUCCACCAGCAGAGGCAUGAGCACCAAGAUGCCUACGAUAUGAGCAACAUGAAGAAUGACUUACCAAACUUCGAGCAGACCAACAUUAUCGAAUUCAAUUCAAUUUCGUUCGAAGCCAGGUUAAUGGAAGCCGGUUCCAUACUCAAGCACGUCAUGACAACCCAAGCUCCAUAUAUGAUUAGGGAACGCAUUUUGCACAAUGCUUCUUUUUCAAAUUGUAUGAUAGGAUCGGAGAUGGUUGAUUGGCUGUUAGAACUCAGUAUCUCAAUGGGUGGUCAUUCACCAGCCUUAAGUCGUUUUCAGGUAACUGGAAUAUGGCAAACGUUAUUAGAGCACAAUAUUAUAUGUCACGUAUCCAAUGAGCAACAGUUUGCUGACAAACACUUGUUGUAUCGAUGGAUAAAUGAAGAUCGUAUUCGCAUCAAUCCAGACACAAUGCAAGAAGAAGUCCUCUCCAGAGAAGACAUUUUCAAUUCUUUGUUUUUUCUGUCAACUGUCGGACCAGAUGCUCUUUUUCGUAUGAUUCUCAAGAAAAUGCCGUAUGAAAGAACGCCAGAAGAGUUAGAACUCGUCUAUGAGGAAUUACUUCAUGUUAAGGCUCUCUCCCAUCUGAGCACUAUGGUCAAGCGCGAGCUAGCUUCUGUAGUUGGCUUUGAACAUCAUACACAUGCUGGCACAGUGUUGUUCCAUCAAGGCGAUCCCGGUAAGCUAUGGUAUAUCAUCUUAAAAGGCAGUGUUGAUGUUCUCAUCAACGGGAAGGGUGUUGUCUGUACAUUGCAAGAAGGUGACGACUUCGGCAAGUUAGCUCUGGUCAAUGAUGCUCCUAGAGCAGCAACUGUAGCUCUUCGUGAAGAUGACUCUCAUUUUUUAGUUGUUAACAAAUAUGACUUCAACAGAAUCAUCCGAGAUGUGGAGGCUAACACGGUCCGUUUAAAAGAACAUGGCCAAGAUGUGUUGGUGUUGGAAAAAAUCAGUUGGCCCCGAGGAGCUGCUGUAGAUGAUGGAGUUCCUGGAUUGAGUGGAAAAGGACAAUGCAGUUAUUCUGUCAUGGCUGGAUUACCGGAGAAAAUGAUUGAAUAUGUUUUGGAGACAAGAGUUGACGCUCAAACAGAUGAGGGAGAGAUGGACGUGUUCUUAGAAGACUUCAUAUUAACACAUAUCAUUUAUAUGCCAACAAAUGUGUUAUGCAACUACCUGCGUGACUAUUACAGAAGAAAGGCAGAUUAUCAUACGGAUCAUCUACGAUCUCCUGCGUGCGUCUCGUUGGCAAUCGACUACGAAACGGACAUGGAGUUCAGUAUGAAUUCUAAAAGACGUGUUGUCAUCUUCGUCCAUUUAUGGGUUAACACCCUUGGUUUCCAAUUUUUUCUCCACCCAGCUGCUAAUUCGUUCAUAGAGGAAUUAUAUUGUUACGUCUUGGAUGACAGUAAGAGAAUUCCUCGUAUGCAGCCGUUGCUCAAUCGCAUGACAUCUUUGCAAGACUUCAGAGAAGAAGCUAUGAGAAGUUUGGCUCGUCAUCCAGCUAUUGUACUUGAAUGUGGCGUUCUAGCAGCAUCUGCACCAGCCCCACAGCCAGUGCUUCCCAUUGAUACCUGCAACCAAAUAAUUCAUCUUGCUGAUACCACUUCGAUUGUUUUAAACAUUCGGAUGGAUAAAACUGCAAAAGAUAUUUGUGAGCUAGCGAGAACUCGCGUGAGAUACAACCAUAGUAGCGAACCAUUGUGUUUGGUGGAAGUCAGGAGCGGGGGAGAGAAAGUCGUUUAUUCAUCUGAAGACAUAUCGAUUCCAACAAUGUUGUCCCUCAACGGCAAGCUAUACAUUGCUUAUAAAGAUGAAAUUCCUUCUUUGAAUGCCCAGUCGGACCAAAACGGACCAAUGGAGUCAAUACACUCUUCCGUCUUGGAGUAUGUUGGAAGUUCUGAAUUAGCUCAGCAGUUGUUUAUAUUCCACUCACAGCUUUUCUAUGCUUGUGAUGACAUUGAGCUUAUAAACCAAGUGAUCGGGCGGGAGCAAUUUCCUGGUAGGGUUCCGUCUAAUUUGGACCUGAUGAUGAGGCGCUUCAACGAAGUUCAAUACUGGGCAACAACUGAAGUCUUACUAGCAGUAGCAUCUAAACGUGUGAAUAUCCUGAGAAAAUUCAUCAAAAUAGCGAUGUAUGCGAAAGAGAAUGGGGACCUUCUAUCCUUCUUUGCAAUUACUUUGGGAUUGAGUAAUAUAUCAGUUAGCCGUUUGGGACAAACAUGGCAGAGAUUGCCGAUGAAGAUGAGACGUCAAUUCGCAGAAUUUGAGUCACUUUUAGAUCCAUCUAGAAAUCAUCGUCCCUAUAGAGCUUUGAUUGCUAAAAUGGCUCCUCCGUAUAUUCCUUUCGUUCCUCUUCUUUUGAAAGAUCUGACCUUCAUUCACGAAGGAAACAAAACUUAUUACAAUGGUUUGGUUAACUUUGAAAAGAUGCAUAUGAUUGCCAACACUUUGAGAAGUUUCCGACAAUGUAAGAUACGAUUCUCAGCACAAUGCUACGAGAUGAAGAAAGUUUUCGAAACUCAGAAUUUACUUCGGAAUUUCCGAGUGAUUGAUAACCAAAAACGUCUCAUGGACUUGUCAUACACAAUAGAACCAAGAAGAAGAAGAAAUUGA